UCUUUUAAACUAUUUGAAAGCCUUUUAAGACUUGUUCGAUUUUACGACAAAGAAAAUACAGCACACAUCCUAUGCUGAAAUUCAUCUGAUGACCCUUGAAUGCAGCACAAGCACCUGCAGUAUUUCACUUUGAACGCARGAGGGCGCUGUUUCACUAUUAUUAUAAGCGUGAACCUGCCUUUACCUGACAGGCAUCUUUGACCUGCCUUCAGAUAGCAAAACAAACGCAACUCCAAUGCAAAUACAAAGACUUUAGUUUUAUGGCCUCGGUUCUUUUACUCAGCAGAGGAGUCCUCAGUCAACCAGAGUUGAGAAAAGUUAGCGAGACGGCGGUAAGUCCCUUCUUGCUUUUGACAGACCCUAAUUAGGGUUUCAUUUUAUUUUCAAAAAAUAUUUGUAGACAGAUGUGCUCGUGACAGGACAAACAUGAAGACYACCCUUCUGUUUUCAUCAUCUGGACUAAAAAGGAUUCCUUGAAGCAGAAGUUGACAUUUCUWAUCUUCAAACGUCUGAACCCUGUUUCUUUAGAGUGAUCCCUUUUUGUCACUCUGCUUUGGAAUACACAGAUUAAUUUUUUUUUAAGUGAAAGGGUUUGUGCACAGCUUUCCUCCUGGAUUACGUGUGGAGAUUAGUGAUGGGGAAUGCGGCUGUAGGGGGCUUGGAGCAAGAACCUUCUGAAGGCAGAGAGGCCAGGAACUCAGUCGGGGCAGCUUCAYCCAUGAGCGAGCCAACACUGACCUUGCAGAAGAAGCAACCGGCUCCCCCAAAACUUCCCAUGCCCCCAGAGGAGGAGCUGGAUGAGCGCUUCAACGCAGUGCUGAGCUCCAUGAACUUGCCUCCAGACAAACUGAAGCUGCUGAGUCAGUACGACAGUGAGAAGAAAUGGGAAUUAGUGUGCGACCAGGAGCGUUUUCAAGUGAAAAGCCCCCCGUCCACUUAUUUGGCCAAGAUUAAGAGUUUCUACCUGGAUCAAGGAGGCGUGUCUCGUCGGUUAAAGAAAAGAAUCCAAGAUGCCACGCAGGUCCUCAAGGCCUUGGAGAUCUCCCUCCGGACCAAUCACAUCGGCUGGGCCCAGGAGUUUCUCAACGAGCAGAAUAACGGUCUGGAUGUUUUAGUGGAAUACCUGUCUCACGCUCAAAGUGACACCUCAUUUGAUGUGGAGAGCGUGGAGAAUGGCGGCACGCUGUCCGACAGACAGAAACCUGCAGAGAGGUCGAUGGAGGAUUUAACCAAGAGCUCCAGCGGUGGCGGCGGCGGCGGCGGCGGGCACUCCCAUGGGGUGACCAGAGCUGCUCGGGCCUUGACUGUGAGAAUAAGCGCCACGCUGUCACACAAGAUGCAUAAGAAGUCCCAUUUAUCCCAGCAGAGAGAUGACAUCCAUGUGUGCAUUAUGUGCCUGAGAGCCAUCAUGAACUACCAGUCUGGUUUUAACUUGGUGAUGACUCAUCCUCGCUGUGUGAACGAGAUCACCCUCAGCCUCAACAGCAGGAAUCCCAGGACCAAAGCUCUGGUGUUGGAGCUGCUGGCCGCCGUGUGUCUCGUCCGAGGAGGGCACGACAUCAUUCUUUCUGCCUUCGACAACUUUAAGGAGGCGAGCAAAGAAAGGAACCGCUUUGAGAAGRUGAUGGAGUACUUCAUCAACGAUGACAACAACAUUGACUUCAUGGUCGCCUGCAUGCAGUUCAUAAACAUUGUGGUCCAUUCGGUGGAGAACAUGAACUUCCGCGUCCAUCUGCAGUACGAGUUCACUCAUCUGGGACUGGACAAGUACUUGGAGAAUCUGAAACAAACAGAGAGUGAGAAGCUGCAGGUCCAGAUCCAGGCCUACCUGGACAACGUGUUGGAUGUAGGAGCUCUGCUGGAGGACGCUGAGAACAGAGGAGGGGUGCUGGAGCAUGUAGAAGACCUACAGAAUGUCAACUUGCAGCUGAGCGCKCGGCUUCAGGAGAUCGAGGGUCAGACCGCAGAGAGGAUCUCUGAGCUGGAGACUCAGCUCAUGCAGGCGACCAAGGAGACAGAGCUGCUCAAAGAAAGCCUGCGCGAGUCGUGCAACCAGGUUGGAGCUCUGCAGCAGAGGGAACGGGAGCGCGAGCUGAACAGGGAGAGGGAGAAGGACAGGGAACGUCUGGGCGCCUCUGUCAGCCAGUCGCCCUCCGAGCUGGAGCUGAAGAUCCAGGAGCUGCAGGACAAGGGGCUCAUCCAAGUGGGCCGGAACUCCUCCGGAGGUCUGGACAUCCAGGUAGUGCCCGUCAAGGUGGUUGAGUACAUCCAAAGCCCACCUUCAAGCACCCAAACAAGCACUACUGCAUCAUCUCCUCCCCCUCCUGCUUCUGGCGGUCCUCCUCCUCCUCCUCCUCCACCUCCGCCUCCACCUCCUCCUCCAUCAGAAGGCAGUACUAUUGCUCCGCCUCCUCCACCUCCUCCACCUCCUGGAGCUGGUCCACCACCACCACCUCCUCCUCCUCCUCCACCUCCCGGAGUUGGUCCACCACCACCACCUCCUCCUCCACCUGGUGCCGGUCCACCGCCUCCUCCUCCCCCACCUGGUGGUGGACCCCCACCCCCGCCUCCUCCUCCUGGUGGUGGACCCCCACCACCUCCUGGAGCACCAAACUCUCAGUCCGUUUGUGCACAAAGAGACUGUGCUGUGCCGGCGUCACUCUGA